UUUUAUCAUAACAUCAUCACGUAUAACGCUUUGCCCUUUGGUAAUAGCUUGCUAACAAGAUAAACUGGUAUUUACAUAGGUACAUAUGUAUUAUGUUUACAACCGACGUAUGGUGAUUCCAAGAACAACACCAAAGUCGCUGCAUACAUACGCUCCAGAACGUUAUAUGCAACGUCUAAUUCUCAGCAUCAUUAACCUAUCGAUACUUGAAUCCUCGGUUGAUAUAGAUUCCGUAUAGAAAUAACUACAAAUAAAUAACAGUGCAAUUACACUUAAAAGUUGCACUCUUUUCGAACACAUUUUAUUAAUUCUAUAUCUACCGCCGAUCUGCAAUAUCGUGAUUCAUGUUUACUACUAAAGAACGACUUAUAAAACGUACCGGAAAAAAUGCCAUCGGCCGAUAUGAAUUUUUGAAACUGUUAGCUACGGAAUUUAAAACCACUAAAUCUAAAGAAGCGAAGGAACAGGUAUUGGCAAAUCUUGCUAAUUUUGCUUAUGAUCCCAUUAACUAUGGAUAUAUGAGACAACUUCAAAUAAUUGAUUUAUUUCUUUAUGCAUUAUCAGAAGACAAUAUAAAGUUAGUACGUUUUGCAGCAGGAGGUAUUUGUAAUUUAUGUGUUGAUCCGAUAAAUAAGUUGUAUAUUUUGCGCAAUCAAGGCAUUCAAUUAUUAUCAUCUCUUAUGUCUUCACAAGAUGAAGAUAUCUUACUUUCAAUAAUAGCUUCUUUAAUAUCUUUAAGAAUUCCUGAAGCAAAAGAACAAAUAACCAGCAAUAUAAUUGAUAAAGCAUCUGAACUUCUUUCAAAUCAUGAAAGUAAUCGUGUAAAAAACUUGGCGAUGGUGUUUCUGAACAACUAUUCAGAAACAACAGUUGAAACUGCAGAUACAUGAAAUAUAUUUUUCAUUAAUUGAUAAAAAGAACAUUAUGUAAUACAAAUUAAAAUAAUUAUAAAAUGAA